UCAUUUUGAAUUAGUAAAGGUUUAAAAUAAUUUCCUGUACUUGUAAAAGAAGACACCAAGAAAAAAACAAGUACCAACUAAAUUGGCUAGGGAUGUUAAUUUCUUUCAUAAAACGAAGUGAAAUGUCUGCAAAACUCUGGUGAAGGGGUAAUGUAAUUUUUAAUUGAAUUUCAGUCAUCUGUUCAUACUCUGCUAGUUGGAUGAUUCCAUUCAACUCUUUCAGAAAGUCUCACAUUUAACUUGUGUGGACGAAGACAUCCAGCCUUUUUAAAAAUGUACCCGCUUUGUAGUUGAUUCUUCCAUUUCUCAUUACUUUCAUAUAUAGACAGUGUUUCAUUUUUUGCAAUAUUAUGUCACAGCAUCAUUUUUUUUAAUCCAAAAGUCUUCUUCAAAAAGAUGAAAGACCUUUGAAACUGUGCAGAAACAGAGUCGGGAUUCAAACCAACAACCCACUGAGUCUUGGACGCUUAGGGUAUCCAUGCUCAAAGAUCCCUCUCACUGUGGGAUCUUUUAAGAAAUCUUUAGCUAAUCAAAUGAUUAGUUUCUUUUAAGGAUUUUCACACCACUUUGCCAGAAAUACCAACAUACACACUGUCUGGUAUUAAAACAUCCAGUUUAAUGUGUGUUGCCUUUUUGUUUCCUGAGUGGAUCCGUACAUUAAGCAUAAUGAAAGAGAACCCUGGCCUUGAUGGCGCCUGUUUUUGUUGCCGCAUAAAUAUGAUAGAGAUAUCGAGUUUAAACAGGGGGAAAAGCGACAUGUCGUAGAGGUGGAGGUGUUGCCUGAUGGAGUCAGAGAAGUGCGGGAGGCUUUUACAGUCCAUCUAAAGCCUGAUGAAAACAUGGUGGCUGAAACUCAGGUGACGAAAGCUAUAGUUUACAUUGAGGAGUCCAACAGCAUGGCUGAUGUCACCUUCCCCUCCUCACCCCAUGUCAUGUCACUGUUUCAUUACGAUGAUGUCGCCAGGACAGCAGACAACUUCCACCCACCAGCUGGCUACCCAGUCAUCUGUGUCACAGCUUGCGACACGAAAUACCCAGACUAUGACAAGACGGGUCCUAUCUGUGUCAGCGAGCACAUCAACAACACCCUGACCCGCUACCGCUGGCUCAUCAGUGCCCCAGCAGGUCCCGAUGGCGUCACCAGCCCCAUGAGGGAGGUGGACUUUGACACGUUCUUUACCUCCUCCAAGAUGAUCACGCUGGACUCGGUCUACUUCCAGGCGGGUUCGAGGGUGCGGUGCGCUGCUCGAGCUGUUAAUUCUAAUGGGGAGGAAGGUUUGGAGCUCAGCAGUCCCGUUGUCACCAUCAGCCAGGAGGAAGGUAUGUGUCAGCCUCGGAAGAUGGGAACUGUGGGUGCUGAACCUUUCUCUGCAAAGCUACGCUACACCGGAGCAGACGACCCAAAGCACCCUAACCUCAUCAAAGUGACCAUCACCAUGCCUCACAUAGAUGGUAUGCUUCCAGUAAUCUCCACUCGGCCCCUCAUGAACUUUGACCUGACUCUGAGUCCAGAUGGAACCCGAGUCGGAAACCACCGCUGUUCAAAUUUGCUUGACUUCAAUGAGGUCACCACAGGUCACAGCUUCAUCACUUCUUUGACACGCAGCCCAGAGAGCAUGGGGGAGUCUGCGCCCUACCAGUUCAGCAGCUCUCUGCGGGGGAACAGCACGCUGCGCUUCUACAGGAACCUGAACCUGGAAGCAUGUCUGUGGGAGUUCAGCAGCUACUACCACAUGUCUGAGCUGCUGACGGACUGUGGAGGUACAAUAGGCACAGACGGACAGGUGUGUGUAACCUUUGUCCGAAACUGCUUUUAAAAUUCAAUUUAGAGAUUGUGUGUGUAUUUGGCCGACUGCUGCCUUUGUGUGGAUUGUGGCCCGUUUGUGCUCUGUUGCGUAUGCUCAGUCUAUUUACACACUGACGUCUGAAUGAGGAGGCGACACAGACGGAGUAGCACCAUA